AUGUCUGACACCGAAAAUCACGCCUAUCACGGCGCUUCUUCCCCCGACAAGCCAAGUUCCCGGGGAUCUGGUCAUGAGAGCACGAGGAUGAGAAGGAGAGAUGGAGGCAGUAAAAAUUUUCAUGACAACCGUGACCGUCAUAGAGAUGAUAAAUACGAGGGUUUUAGAGGAAGAGGCAGAUAUGACAGUUAUAAUCGUCAACGUGGACGUGAUUAUGAUAGGCAUAAUGACUAUGAUCGUGAUAGAGAUACAAGACACAGAUAUGGGGCACAUUCAAAGAGAUCCAGGAGGGAAUCGAGAUCUAGAUCACGGUCCAGAUCCCCUUCUCAAUCAGAAGGAAAAAGGACCUCUGGUUUUGACAUGGCACCACCUGCUACUGGUGUAACACCCGCUGUUUCAGUUAAUAAUGCAGGGCAAAUGCCGGGGAUUGCUCAUACAAUUCAAGGAGCUACACAAAAUUUCUCACCAUAUGGGAUAUCACAGAUUGGAGCUCUUUCUUUAAUGCAAGUUCAACCUAUGACACAGCAGGCUACAAGGCACGCUCGACGAGUGUACGUUGGUGGGCUCCCUCCUUUUGCUAACGAGCAGGCAAUUGCAUCUUUCUUUAGCCAUGUCAUGAUUGCUAUUGGGGGAAAUUCUGCCGGAUCAGGUGAUUCGGUUGUCAAUGUCUACAUUAACCACGAGAAGAAAUUCGCGUUUGUGGAGAUGAGAACCGUUGAAGAAGCUAGCAAUGCAAUGGCUUUAGAUGGAAUAGUAUUUGAGGGUGUUUCUGUGAGAGUCCGUAGGCCAACUGACUAUAACCCUUCGUUAGCUGCAGUUCUAGGUCCUUGCCAGCCAAGUGCAAACCUCAACUUAUCUGCUGUUGGACUUUCUGCAGGUACAAUAGGUGGAGCCGAGGGACUUGAUCGCAUCUUUGUGGGUGGGCUGCCAUACUACUUUACUGAAGCUCAAAUGAGAGAGUUGCUUCAGGCUUUUGGUCCUCUCCGAAAUUUUGAUAUAGUUAGAGAUAAAGAAACGGGAAACUCUAAAGGAUAUGGUUUCUGCAUCUAUCAGGAUCCAGCAGUAACAGACAUUGCUUGUGCCUCUCUUAAUGGCCUUAAAAUGGGAGAUAAAACAUUGACUGUGAGGCGUGCUACUGUCAGGUUAGCCUUUCUACUGAGGAGUCCAUCUUUUUACUGA